AUCCAUAAUAUCCGCGUAAACAAUUAGUUCUUCACAAAGAUUCAGUAAGAUAUAUUUAGAUUUUUAUGGGAAUUCAUAAGCAUAUAAAAAAAAGCCGAUGUUGCAUAGUGAUAAAGUAAACGCCGAAAUGGGCGUGGCCGUCGCGCAAGAACAACAGAAUGAAAACAACGGAACUGCUUCCGGGGUUCUGGAUGUGGCUGGAUGUGACUCCAGCAUCGUUAGAUCGGGAAAUUGUUUCAUCAGCAGGUCAGCAGCUUCAUUUAGCUCUUGUUGAUUGUUGAUCGUUCAGUUCGCAGUUUAUUUCUAAAACUGUCAGCUACCAAAGACGGAGGAGAAUCAGUGUUUACAGUUUUAGCCGCCCUCAGCAGCAGCGUUAGCUAGCCAGCAUAGUCAGAGAAGUUAUAGUCCUGCUGAAUGUCCUAUAAACUGUGCUCGUCUGGUAGCUAAUGUUUACCUUUGUAAACGCAUUUUUUCUUCUCUGUGCCUCUGUGUUGUAAUGAAGCGUUAGUAUGAGCGAAGGAGAAGUGUUUCAUGAGAAGCAACGACUGGAGCUGUGCGCGAUUCAUGCACUCAACAACGUGCUUCAGGAGCGCGUGUUCACCAAAGAGACAGCUGAUGACAUCUGUAAACGGUAAGUCUAUGUUAUUAUAUAGCAGUUUAUAAUAUAAAGAAACAAGUCAACAAAUAUCAUGCUUUAAUUCUUUAAACUUCUGUUAGACUACAACUGGGAUGUUUCUCAGCUAAAGUCUGACCCUUGUCUCCAAGACCUAUUUGUGACCUCAGUGCUUCAUACGUUUUAUUUCUGUCUUUCAUUUAUUUUUUCGUUACUGUUUUUACACCAAUGACAUGAUCUCUGUGAUCCCACCAAUAGCUGUUUCUUGUCCUGGCUGAUAAAAAGCAGGACAUGACAGAUUUUCCUUCACAGUUAUUUCUGUUUGACUGAAUCCUCAGGUUGUUGCUCACACCCUGGUCUGAUUUCUGAUAACAGUGUGUUCAGAAAAUAACAAAAAUACAAACUUUCUUAUAAACAAUAUUGUUAUUGUGGUUGUAUAGCUUGACAGAUAAUCUAAAGGCGUGUAGAGGCUCAUUUAGAUAGAUAGAUAGAUAGAUAGAUAGAUAGAUAGAUAGAUAGAUAGAUAGAUAGAUAGACUUUAUUAAUCCCAAACUGGGAAAUUCCUACGUUACAACAGCAAUAAAAACACAAAAUAACAUUAAAUAUAACAAGAAGUAUGUACAAUACAGACUAAAUAUAUACAAUAAAUACAGACUAAAUAUACGAAACACCCUAAGAGAAAAAAGUGGGCUGUCCACUGGUAGUACUCAUAGUACUAAUAGUAGUACUAAUUUAGAAAAUCAUAAUAAUAAGAAGAACUUCAUUGAUCCCCGAAGGGAAAUUAAAUUGUCUGUCGUCUCAUUUGUCAAGUCUCUAAAAGUUAUCUACUAUUUACAGAAGAGUUAUAAAGUCUGAUGGCUGUGGGUACAAAAGAUCUUCUGAAUCUUUCUGUCCUGCAGCAAAAAGAGAGGAUCCGUCCACCACCAUUGGCCCUUUGGUCCAUUAAGGUGUUGUGAAGGGGGUGAUCCAUGUUUUUGAGAAUACUCUCCACAUUACUCAGUAUAGGAGCCUCAUCUGUUCGUUUGUCCGUCAUGGGUUACGUCAGGUCUCCACUGCUGGCAGUGCAGCAUUUUCUAUAUAGGCACAGGGGGCAGGUAACCAGGUGAAGGUCAUGCGGUUUUUACCGCUCGCCAGGAUUACUCACCUCACCUUUUUUGUUUUCCAGCAGCAUCACCUCGUCACAUUAUCAGUUAUUUUGCAUCAGUUUAAUCCUUUUGUUUUGGUGUGAAUUGGCGAUCAUUGAAUGGGAACAUCACCCGAACAUGGAUCAUCAUGUGGACAAUUGUUUAUAAGAGUGCGUCAAAAAACAGUCUCCCUAUCCCAUGCAUGAGUUACUACAGGAGGGCAGGAUAGUCUCUAUACUCAGUGUAGAUCUCUUCACCACAUCCUCUUGAAUCCAACCACGGAGCAGCCUUUUUCACAUACAUAGCAUUAUAUAGCAGCAUCAUAGCACAUACAAAACCUGAGAAACAUCCUGUUUCUAGAAAUCACAACUGAGAAAGGCCUCUCUACCCACGGCCAAUACAAAACAGAGCUGUACCCAGUGUGAGAUGAAUGCCUCUUUAAGUCUCUUUUACUCUGAUGAAUCAUCUUUGCAGGCUUGCUCCACAGUGUGUGGUGAACCCUCAUCGCUCAGUGUUAGGCACGGGCAACUAUGACGUCAACGUCAUCAUGGCGGCACUACAGAGCAGAGAACUGGCUGCUGUGUGGUGGGACAAACGCAGGUGAGAGAGACACACGGAUUCUUGUGAGACCACAAAACUGUAUUUUACUGCUCCAACAUGUUUGUACAUAGAAGCAUUUAUGGGGUCAUCUUGUAAAGUCUGAUUUUUAUGCUCAAGUGGCAAAGGACAAUGUUUUUUUCUGUUCUUUUGGCAAUCAGCAAAGACACAUAUCUUUUUUGACUUGCAGACAGACACCGAGUGCCUUACUAGAUCUCUGAACUUUUCACUUUAUAUCACACUUUUAACCAUCUCCCACAUAGCCACACAUCUUACUUUGGAAAAUAUAAUGCAUCAAAAGUAUGAGAGCCAGGAAGCAGUCAAAUGGUUAAACUACUAAAUCAAAUCCCUGUUAUGUUCUGAAAGUAGAAAAAAACAUUGGAUGGAGAAGUAAAUGUUGAAUUUCUCUCCAUUUUUUAUUAAAACAGGACGGUUCAGAGCCUUUGCAUGUCAAAGGUCCAGGGUUUCAUUCUUAAUGUCCCAUCACGAGUAUCGCUGGGAAUUGUGUCCCUCCCACUCCGACGGCGGCAUUGGCUUGCAGUACGACAAGUUAACGGACAGUAUUAUAACCUGGACUCCAAACUGAAGAGUCCUGCCUGUAUUGGAGGAGAAGCAGAAUUACGGUAAGGGUGUAUUUACAUCAUUUGGAGCUCCAUGUAGCAGAUGUGUAAUCUGCAUGUGUGUGGGUUUGCUUUGAGUUACAUCAAAUCUUGGCUGUUGUAUUCUGCUUCGACUCUUGUCUCAGCCAGUGACUCACCCCAUAUGAGCAGUCACAUGGGGCUUACCUCACUGCUUGUUUGUGUCAGAAUGCUUCAGUUUAGCAAACUGCCCUCUGUCUCUGUCCAGAGUUUUCUAAACUCUCUUCUUGUGUCAUGCUUUUGUUUCUCCUUCAGCACGUUUCUCAGUGAACAGCUCUCUCAGGAUGUGGCCGAGAUGCUCCUGGUGGUGCGGCGGGAGGUGGAGGAGGAUGGCUCGUGGCUGAACUCUGACAGCCUCAAGAAGUAAUUUCUUUUGGUGACAGGACAAAGCAUGGGAAAGGAAAAAAAACUCCUCUGGGAAAAUAAGACAUUUUUUUGUUACAAAACAAACACCUCAUGACAGAAACCUCUUCAGGGAAUGCACUAAAAUCCAUUUAAUUUCUACACUCAGACUCACAGAGGAAAUUCCAAAGAGAAGCAGAGACAUUUGUUUACUCCUGACACGAAGAACGGUUUCGAUUGUAACAGCUAUCAAAGCUAAUGCUGGGAUGUGACCGAUGUCCUGCUAUGGUACAUUGUCCGACACUGGGAGGGUGCAUUGAAGCUAAUAUGGUUGGAGCUAAAUGUAUACUAGUUUGAUGAUGGGUGGAUUGCGACAUGACUGAUCUCCCUGUUUAUUAGUAGGAUAGCUGCAGUGUUAGUGCAUGAUAAACCAUCUGCAAAAAAGUUAACUGAGCUACUUUGGUGACUUCAACUAAGAUGAACAUCAUUGUAAAUGAAAUCUCCACCUUAGAUAGCCUUGUCCUAGAUUUUUACGUCCAGGUUUGCCAAAUUAAGAACAGUGUUUUCUUUACAUUCAGGAUGGUAAAACCCAUUAGAUUAGUUAUUGAGCAGCAGCCAAACGCACUAUCACUUCCCAACACCUUAGUUUUGAACCUACUAUGCACUGCAGAGUUAGAUUUAUUUAGCUAGUUCGUGUGUUUGUGUGAGUCCAUAUAGACUCAGGUAAUGUGAAGGCAUCAUAUGAUGAAGUAUUGUAGAACAGCCAGUGUCUUUGCAUGUUUUCAUCCAUUCACUACAACCUUUAAUACGUUAUUCACAGCUCUCCUUAGCUUUGGAUUUUAAAGUGCUUGGUUUCUUCGAGGCAGUGAUCAUUUUUCUUUUUAUGAAACUUCAGCAGAAAAACAAUCAACCUGUGGAGAUCGAUAAUCACACGGCAAAAUCAAAGUUAAGUUGUGAUAAUGCUGCUGAAUUAAAACACUAAUGAAGCUUUGCCAAUAUAAAAGGCAGCAAGAUAGGUUUGAUUAUCUGUUUCUACCACAUUUCAAGUCUCCACAGGUUUGCUUUCAAACAGCUCAGCCAUAAAUAAAAUCCUGCACUUUCUCUGAAAUCUAAAAGGAAGAAUUACAGAAAAAUACACAAUUGUGGAUGUGUUCGAUGGGUCAAACAUGCAAAAACACUUGAUUCUUUGACUGUUGAUGUAACUUUUAUGUUCAACUUUGUCUUUCCUUUUUGAUCUAUGCAUAUCCAAAAAGAUAGGAACACUCUGGUACACACUGGUGACCUGCUCACAUAUAAACUUAUGGAAGCUUAUUUAUAUUAAAGUUUGAACUCCUGUUUUAAGUAUGAA